AUCUCAUAGAUAGAAAGAAAUAGUGGAUUUUUAACAAAAAUGUGGAGUUUUCAACAACUGGAUUACUAUCAGUUUGACCGUGACACUUUGAACUACUGAUACCAAUUCAGUUGUUGAAAGCUCCACAAUUUGUUAAUAAUCUCUUCAAUAAUCUCUUGUUCAAACCCCCCCAUAACCGAUGGCAUUGAAGACUAUAUAAAAAGAUUGACCGGAUCCAUUGAUAUCAGUGAUCUUCAUCCAAGCGAUAGACGAUGAAGUGCCUUGUCUUCUUGCUUCUACUUUGUGUUUCAACAAUAUUUUCGAUUGAUGGUAAUCCAAAGGUGAUUAUCAUCGGCGCCGGACCGGCUGGCAUAGCUGCAGCUUCUAGAUUACUACAGAAUGGUAUUAACAAUGUCACCAUUCUGGAAGCUGAAGACAGAUAUGGUGGAAGAAUUAAGAAAACAAAAAUAGGGGAAUAUAUCACAGAUCUGGGGGCUCAAUGGGUCCACGGAGAGGUAGGAAAUGUGGCUAAUCAACUCGCUGCGCCAUUAGGUCUUCUGUCGAAAUCCGUGAGGCCGGGGGAUACCGAGCCAAUCUAUGAUGUCAUGGUUUUCGAUUCUUCUGGAACAAAACUCCCGGAAGAAGUAAUCCGUGGGUUUCCAGAAUUCGGGGGGGAAAUUAAAGGUGACAUGAUCGGGCUUGAUGAUUUGAAAAAUGGAUCUUUUGGAGAAUACAUGAGGAAGAGAGUUGACGAUUGGUUCGCGAAACGCCCCGAGAUUGAUCCUAAAUUACAUAAACCUUUAACUCACUCAAUGGAACUAGUUAUGAUGGCGAUAGUUGGAGCCGAAAGCUCAGACGAUGUAUCUGCACUGGGAGUUAAAAACGCUCCUGCAUGUCCUGGGUUUGGGGACCUCAAUUGGAAGGAAAGAACUUAUGGAACUAUUUUGGAUAUACUCAUGAAAAGGUAUCCAAACCCCGAAGAAGAACUGCCAGUCUUGAACAAAACUAUGCUAAACAAAAAAAUAACGAAGGUUAACUAUGCGGAGGAAGGACCAGUGAGAGUGACUAGUGCCGAUGGAGAGGAAUACACGGCUGAUCAUGUUAUUUUUACCGCUUCAUUGGGAGUUUUGAAGGCCGAUCAUGAAAAACUUUUCGAGCCCCAGUUACCAGAAAAGAACAAGAAAGCUAUUGAGGCACUUGGCAUGGGUAAAAGUGCUAAGAUAUUGCUGUAUUAUGAAAAUCCGUGGUGGGAAUCCGGAGGACACUGGGCCAUACACACAUUUUUAUGGACUGAGGACGACCGCAAAGCCCUAGAAAAUGAUCCUGAGAGAGCAUGGAUGUUGGGCCUGACGUACGGCUUCGAGGUCGAGUACAAGCCGAAAUUGUACCAGAUUUGGUUGAGUGGGCCUCAUUUAGAGCAGAUGGAGCGCCUUUCCGAGGACUUAUUCAAAAAUCAAACUCUGGAAAUAAUUCAAAGAUUUUUUGGCAAAACGCACAAUUUAACAGAACCCACCGAGAUCCAGAGAACAUCGUGGAAUACUAAUGAGAACUUUCGUGGAAGUUACAGUUAUCCAACGAUGCAGUCAGUGACGACAGUGUCAGGCCCUGCCGAACUAGGCGAGCCAGUGAUGCGCGGGGGAAUCCCCGUUCUAUCAUUUGCAGGAGAAGCUACCGAACCUAAGUAUUUCGCAAUGGUUCACGGUGCAAUAGCCUCCGGCUGGCGUGAGGCAGAUCGCCUCAUAAAUUUGUAUCAACAAUAACAAUUCGGUUAAUAAAGCUGAUUAAUAAAGUUAAAAUUGUCAUUUUUAA